AUGGUUCCAUUUCCCAAACGUAUUUUUUCUUGGAAACGUCAAAAAGGCAUACGCCACAUACGCAUAGGCAAUCCGGCAUGGCAACCCUGUUUCAUUUGUCAUUUAGGUGUAAACUGUAGCACAAAAAAUCACCACAAGAAGGUGAAUAAUGUAAGAGAGCGUGACAAAAACAAGUCUGUUGCGUCUGAAUCUGGAGGUUCUAGUCAAUGCGAUACUCCACCUCUUUCAGAAAAGGAUGGUUCGUCAACACAAGGCAAGUUUGUUGGCGUGGGGGCAGAUUCGAUAUUGUGUAUUGCGGAACAAGUGGCUGCAGAGCUUACUGGCGAAGCAGCUGCAAACCUUGCUGAGGAUGUUAGCUAUAAACUGCGACAAACAAUUUCUACAAUUUCAUUGCAUAGCGAGAUGAUGAAGAAAAGUUGUGUUGACUCGUGGGAUGUUAACACUGUACUCAUGCUGUCAGAUACAAGUCCAGUUGUAGGCACAACAAAUUCUAGUUUUGCUCCCCUUGGAGAAGAGAAGUUGUGCUAUCAAACUGAAAAUCUUCUUAAUGUAACCGAAUUUGCCAUGACCAGUCAGACAUAUGUUUUUUCAACACUGCCCUCUGUGUCCGUGGAAUGGAUUACAGAUGAUAGAAGUUUAAGUAGUAACAGUAACAUAAGCUUUAAUCUACAAAACUAUUACACAAAGGUUGCUAGAGCAAUCUUGAAUUUAAAAAAGAAGCCAAAACAAAUAGCCGUAGAAGAUCUGACAACUAACACUAGGAUUGGACCCAUAUUCCCGAAUCUCUUCAACUUGGCAGUACUGGUGCUCAACGACGACAACCUCAAGGCUCUCAAUGUCCCCGCAAAGAAACCACUUCAGUCCAACGUCUUGGAUAUGGUGGAUGCUCUCUGUUCAAAUCCUUGCAGCCUGGACACUAAUAUUCAACAGCAGUUUCAGCGAUUGUUCCCAGUGAUGGUCUCAAAUAUAUUAGGAAACGGAUCACUAGCUGAGAAAAUGGUUGCGAUCCUUACAAAGAUCACUCGCACAUGGCCCUCAUUUAUAGCAAUUGGCAAGGGCAUUCUGUUCGACUACCUGUCGCAGGGCACCAAGGAGCGGCUCACCGCGCCCAUGAUCCGCUGCGUGACCGCGCUCGGCAGGGGCGCGCUGGUGGGCUGCCUCGCCGCGCACCUCGACCACCUCGACGCGCUGGUGCACGCGCCGCCGCGCGCCCGCGCCGCGCCCGACCUCCGCGAGACGCUGCUCGUGAGUGGACAAUGGCCUCUAUUCUUAUUGGGCGUUGGGGCGAUGUUUGCUUGCACCGCGGCAAGUGUUGGAGACGCUGCUUGUGAGUGGACAAUGGCCUUUAUUCUCAUUGGACGUUGGGGCGAUGUUUGCUUGCACCGCGGCAAGUGUUGGAGACGCUGGUGCACUCGCCGCACUUCCGCGAGACGCUGCUCG